AUGAUAGUUUCAAUGAUUCAAACAUCAUUAAAAGAUCUUCCAAUUGGAAAAUCUGGUUAUAUUUCUACAGCUAAGUGUCAAAAUAUAGCCAGCAAAGAUCGAAAAGGAAUUGGAAAGCAAUCAGAUAUUAUAUUCAUCGCUAGUU